AUGUCUCAGAGCACCACCGUCCACGUGUCGGGCAUUGCGCCCACGACCACCGAAAAGGAGGUCCACGAUUUCUUCAGCUUCUGCGGCAAGAUUAUUUCGCUCUCUCUGACUCCUGUCUCUGGGGAGGCUGAUGCUCCCAAGUCGGCGUCUGUGACGUUUGAGAAGGACGCAGCUGCCAAGACUGCACUGCUUCUGGACCACACCCAGCUCGGCAGCUCGUCGGUGCACGUGGAAGCGGCGCCGACGAUCGAGCAGCUGGCAGGCACGCAGGCGGCGAGCGCGGGGCAGGCCCGGGAUGAAUACCAGCACGAUCUGGAGCAGGAGGACAAGCCGCGGUCGCGGAUUGUAGCCGAGUAUCUGGCGCACGGGUACGUGAUCGGCGACAACGCGCUGCAGAAGGCGAUCGAGCUGGACCAGAAGCACGGCUUCUCGUCGCGCUUCCACGCCGCCCUCUCGGACUUUGACAAGAAGUACCAUGCGACGGACCGCGCGCGCGGCCUCGACGAGAGCUACAAGAUCACCGACAAGGCCACCAGCAGCUGGCGCGGCCUCAACUCCUACUUUGAAAAGGCCAUGGGCACCCCCUCCGGCAAGAAGGUCCGCGACUUCUACAUGCAGACCGACAAGCAGGUCCGCGACAUCCACACCGAGGCCCGUCGUCUUGCCGAUCUGAAGAGCGGCAAGCCCUCCGCCGAGGAGGAGAAGCCCGUCGUCCCUGCUGCUGCUGAGGCCGCGGGUGUUGCCCCCAGCACGGUUCCGGCUUCUGAGCCUGCUGGCACCGUUCCCCCUGCGGAGCAGGCGUAA